AUGAAAGGAUUACUAAUUCUGGUGAUCUGUCUCUCUUCAGCUUAUCGAAGCAACUGCAAAUCAAGUGGAAUUUGUCGUUACUAUGGCUUUGCGGUUCAAGCGAAAGUGACUGAAGUUUCGUCUGCUUGUUGCUCAGCCGCUUAUCCACAAGGUCGUUUCAUAUAUAAAGUGGAAAUUGAAGGAACUUAUAAGGGUGAUAUGGAAUAUGGGAAAUCAUACAUGCUUUAUACGUCACCUUCGAGUUGUGAAUGCAAUGGACUUGAUCGUGAUAAGACAUAUCUGUUAAUAGGUUAUACUGAUGGCGGCAAUCGGAAACUCUCUCUAUGCGUGUCAAAAUAUGCCUGA